CGGCCCUCCGUCAGUGUGUGGUGCACCGCGGUGGGAGUCAGGUCGCUGGCUGCCCUUUGCACUGCCUCGAACGUUCCCCCUCCUCUCCUCCGCCUCCACCUCCUCGCCACCGUCGUCGUCGUUUCGUCCCGUCGCUGGUUUGCCUCGUCGUCGCCCUCUCUCUUCUCCUGGAGACUGGCACACACACACACGCAGUACACAACCGGCUCUGCCACGGAACCGGUUUCACACACACUCAUCACACUUGCGAGCGAGAGGGAGAGAGAGCGAGAGAGGGAGAGAGAGAGCGAGCGAGCGAGCAAAGCCCCUCUUGUGUGACACCCACAUGAGGCCUGCUGCAGCUACCGCACGGACACUACUACAACUACUACCGGUACGGUCAGAGGCACCACCGCCGCCCCCCGUGUUCAGGUCGAGUCCUAGCGCCCGCACCCACCACACAAAGCUAGCAAGCACGUCGUCCUCGAACGACACGUCGUCCUCCUACGGCAGCGUCGCCAUCGGCGGUGGUGGCGGCGGCAGUAGCAGCAGCGAUCUUCGGAAUCACCGAAGUCCCGUGGUGAGAUUCCUUACGACUUGGGGCUUGUCUCAGUCAUGUACUAGAAUCUAAAUAUACUACAUAUAUCAUAUAAUCUAUCAAUAGAUAUAUAUAUAUAUUCUCUGUUUGUUCUGGUCGUAUUUUGCAAUGUGAUGACACACGCCAAGCUUCUUAUUACCGAUAUAUUCAUUCUAACAAGCCAGUAAGGUUAAACCUUUAAACAUAUAAUAUAUUUAUACCCCUUAAAAAUACAUGUUUUUUAAAAGUACGUGUAUGCAUGAAAUUCUAAAGCAAAUCUAAUACGCUUAUUGGUCUUAAAACAUUGUUACCCUCCUUGCAAAAGUAUACCGAAUUGCAAACAUCUCUGAGAAUAAGGACGAGAUAUUUGUCAGUCAACAGCAAAUGUUCAAAAGUUCGCGCAACUGCAAGAACAACUAUGAAGGAAAUGUCAUUUUUCUUAACCUGACUGAUAUAGCAGUACCCUAGUUUUUCAUAAAGAUAUUGAUAUAUUGUACUAGCCAUAACAUGGAAACACAACUUACAUUUCUUGAUGUGAUAAGUACAUACCUCAAAGAUUAAGAAUAUAAACACGAUUUGUAUGUCAAAGAAACAGUACAUACGUCCCACUCGAGAGAACUGCAGCCAUGCAAUCACUCUCCAAAAGUAGUUCAUAAACACGAGGCGAGAGAGAGAUAAACUCUUCCGAGGGAGAAAACACGAAAAGUCGACUCGAUCUUACAUCUCGGAAUCCACAACACCCACCCACAGCAUCUCUCUCCUCUCACACUGCUGCUGCUGCUGCCUUUGCAUCAUCACGAGACUUUUGUGUGUGUUCUCAACCUUCGGCAGUGCUUUGAGGACUGCUGCGAAUCGAUAGUGAGAAAGUAAGGCGAUAAAGAAAGAGAAAUAGAGAAAGAGAGAGAGAGAGACAGAGAUACAGACAUAUUGACAGAGAGGUGGAGAAGCAAGGAAUCAUUUGCUGGCCUAAUCCCUCGAUGUAGGCGCCCGGGGGGAUACCACACAAGGGCGCCACGACUUCGAUGGAUCCGCCGCAGGAAAAUAGUGAGGACCUCGUCAAAUUCAUCCCUCCGACCGGAGGGAAAAAUGGUGAACUUGCAGUGACAGAAUGAGAGGACGCAUCGUUUCCCCUCAUGCUAGCCAAGUAGGACACUGAAACACCUCUUAUUUUUUCUCUUGAUUUUCCUCAAGAAGGGUUUUUAUUUUACCUGAAGAUCAGCAUGUAAAAAACUUUGUUUCAUCACCUUCCCGACGUCAUCCUGACCACCUCUUCGUCUUCUCCAUCUGAAAACGGCCACCAUGGCUAGCGAUCGACACGUAGCUGAGGAAAGGGCUUUUGACGAGAUCCCCGUAACGAUGAUGAUGGCUCUUUGCCUUCUGCCCAUUGAUAACAUGUCCAGUGAGGCGGCCACCUUUUGAAAAUCACGCAACAGCUAGAGCACCAGCAACAGCAACAAGGGCUUCUAACCAGGAACCUCCACACCACCCCAAAGCAUCUCUUCUCUAGACAGAUUUCAGACAGACACGAAGACAACUCUCGUAAUCUCUCACCAUGCUUUGCCUCGACAUGAAACUCAUCACCAGAUUCAGAUCUGAAAAGCGACAGUCCGGGGGCGCGAAUUCGAUGUCUCCUUCAGGAGCACACGAACCGCCAGUGCCGCCCCCUCCGAGACGCGACCGCAGCAAGAGCUUGUGCGUCGACCGCAUCACGCCGUUGCUGCAGGUGGUCGAGCCCAAAGUCAGGGACGACACUCCACCACGGAAUCCGGCCAUCUUCGCCCGCAGGCGGUCGACUACCACUGCCCUAUCCGCCUCUAGUGACUUGAUAUCCCGACGAGGGGUUUUCAGCAGAAGGCAUUAUGGGUCCGUGGAACUGUUACCCCAAGUGGAGGCGGAGGGGAGUGAACUCAACGGCCGCAGAUUCAGGAUAGAGAGCGGCGAGGCCUUAGGGGACAGAGAUGAGCGGAGCCAUGGCCGCGGGGGUUCUCACCAACAGGAGGGGGCGCAGCCCCCUCACCCCUCUCUUCUAGACGCUCGCAGGUCAUCGUCCAGGCAGCAAAUGUAUGGUUCUCCCAGUACACCCAUAUUGGAAAACCCCGAAUACCAAACAAGAUGGUACUUCAAGUAUUUCUUGGGUAAAUUGCACCAGAACUACGUCGGAUGCGACUGCGAGAAAGUCCCGUUCUUCUUGUCGGUGGUCCUCACCGAUGCCAACAAUCAGUGCGUGCCCCAGUACCGAGCCAUCCUCUGGAGGAAGACGGGAGCCCAGCGAAUAUGUCUAAGCUACACGCCAAACAAGCCCAUGACUGUCAAGCAGAUUCUGAGCAAUUUUCAAAAUAUGGACAAGCUGGAGAAAGGCCCCAAGGAAAUCUUCACGCCCGAAAUACAAAAGGACCUGCUUCUGCUGGAGGAACAAGAAGGCUCAGUGAACUUCAAGUUUGGGAUUCUCUACAUGAAGGCCGGACAAACUUCUGACGACGAAAUCCUCAGUAAUGAGGCUGGUAGCAGACAUUUCGACAAGUUCUUGGGCCUCCUUGGUGAAAGGAUCCGCCUCAGAGGAUGGGACAAGUUCCGAGGGGGAUUAGAUGUCAAAGGUGACAUGACUGGCAGGCACUCCGUGUACACCAUUUACGAAGGCCACGAGAUCAUGUUCCACGUGUCCACCAUGCUGCCUUUCUCCAAGGACAACAAACAACAGGUCGAGAGGAAACGCCACAUCGGAAACGACAUCGUGAAUAUCGUCUUCCUGGAUGGAAAUCUGGACGACAUGGCAGCGUUCUCGCCGUCAUUCAUCAAGUCGCAGUUUACUCACAUCUUUGCUCUGGUAUCUUACCUGACCGACGAAGAAGCCUACCGACUCCAGAUUUAUUCGGAAGAAACGGUCCCGCUCUUUGGCCCCUCCCUGCCCUGUCCGCCGGUAUUCUACAACCAAGAGGAAUUCAGAGAGUUCUUGCUUGUCAAACUAAUAAGUGGUACGAAGGCGACGUUCAAUACCCCGACCUUCUCGCAGAAGAGAGAGCGGACGCUGGACAUGCUCAUCAAGGAUCUCUCAGAGCAUAUCAAUGAUAACAGAGGGACUAUGUUGAACAGGCGAGCCUUCAGCGACGUUCUCCCAGAUCCGCCAAGAUCAUCAAGAAGGAAAGAGGAAGCCAGACAGGUGGAGUUUGUGAGGUUCGGCCAGGCACUCAAGCUGGACACGAUCGUCAAGGGCGACGCCCCUACGUCCUUGGCCACGACGGGACUCUUCAAACGGACGUUAACAGAUGGAUCAGGAGGGGGCUCCCCCUCCAAUUCGACUACUGCUCUUCAUGCUAGGCCUUGGGAACCACAGUGCUGCUACCCAGACUUCCCCUACGAGGUGGUGUGUGGCGACUCCUGGGGGGAGAACAGGCUACUGCUGGCGACCAGCGAGGGCGCUUUUCUCGUAGAAGAGGGAGUCGCGCAUCGCCCCAUUUUCGACAAAUCCGUUCAAGUGAAGCAGCUGAGUGUCGUGGAGGCCCACGGCAUUUUACUUCUGCGUGUCGAUAAAGGUCGUGACAGUAAGAUCCACGUGUUCAGAUUAUCCGACUUCGAGUGUGACGAUGAUCGACUCCGAGCGAAAGCAGACUUGAAGGACCACCGCCUCGAGAGGACUAAAGGGUGUCAUCUCUACGCCAUUUCAAGACCCGGUGGUUCGCACUUGAGAAUGGUGGUCGCUGUAGGGAAGAAGUUGCUGGUACUCCAGUGGCGACACUCAGCAGCUUGGACUGCCUGGUGUCCCGCAUCAGACACUGAUACCGUUGAUGGCUUCCAGUUUAUACGAGAAAUUUCAGUGUCCGAGGCACCUGUGUUGAUUACUUUAGUUGAUUCCCCGAUGGUGUCGUCUGCAGGAGGGUUGAGUGAUAAUAAAAUAUGUAUAGGUUACAAACACCAGUGGGAUUUAGUGAGUGAGAGGACAGGGGAGGUCACUCGACUGCAUCACGUAGAGGCCUCCAAGGUCAACCUUGUAGCUGCCCUUGAUAUUUAUGAAGAUGAUGAAGCUGAACUAUUACUUUGUUACAACAAUACCUGUCACUUCCAAAAGCUAACUGAAGAAUGUUCGAAUGAAUUUGAUUUUCAGUGGAAUUCUGUGCCAGAAGCCAUUGUGUGUGCCUUCCCCUACAUCCUUGCAUUUACUCAGGAUAGCAUAGAGAUCAGACUAAUUAUUAAUGGCAACUUGGUACAGACAAUGGUUAUGCCUCGCCUUGCCUUCGUUACUUCCAAGAGUGACAUAUUCUUUGCCACUACUGCACCAGAGUUCUUUACCUUAAGAAGAGAAAGAGUAAGAGUAGACAGGUUGGAGAGAGACCCAAGUCUAUCGCCUCCUCCAUCACCGCACAACAAAGAAUUAACAGUAUUAGACAAAGAUGCUACAAAGCCUUUCCGAGUAUACCGCAUUCCAUUCAGAUGUCUCACGGGAGCCAGCACAUGUGAACGUCGAUGCCCAACGCCAUCUACGCCCAUGCACCCUCCUGUAUUAGGUAUGGAGGAAGAUUGUAUGGGAUCUGGUGAAGGCAACAGUAAUAGUAGUAACAAUUGUAGUAACAGAGCAGGAAUGCACCUUAGAGUAACCGACCAAAGAUAUGCAAGCAGAUCUUGCACGGCUUCACCUACCCAUCAUCCAGCACCUCCUGGGCCUUUUUCAGGAAGCUCACCAUCAGGCUCACCACCUGUUGGACCUUCAAUGGGUUCUCCAUCUCACCAUUCCUACCAGAAGCCUAGAGACCGCACAAAUUCCCUAACUGUAGAUGCAGCUAGCAGUCUUCUUCACCAUGGUCGACCUCAUCUUCUCCAUCACUAUCAACACCAUCAUCACCACCAUCCACCUGUUAAGUGAAAGCCCCUUUAGUUUCCCUGCAUACUGCUAAACAAUUAACCUUCACUUCUGUGUUUAUGAGGGAACAAAAACAGUGACAAAUGUUUGGGACCACCACCUAUACUGAUGCUGCCAUGACAUAUUUUGUGACCCAAUGGUCUCUUGCCAAAAUUAUGUUGAUGAUUCUUUCAUCCUAAAACUAAUGACCCACUGCAUUGUGACAGCCAUAUAAGUGUCCCAGUCAUAGUCAUUUUGGUAAGCAGCUGACACAGGUUUUUCCUAGGAAAGCAAACAGUCAUCACUUGAGAUAUGAUUAUUAUCCUCUGCAUAAAUGCAGUACAUAAGAUGUAAUGAUAGCCAGCAACCCACUAAAUCCUUCCAUCAUAAGAACAAACCCCCUACUUGACAUAUCCGACCAUAUGUGUACCCAGACAGAUUUAUUUCCAUCUCAGCAGCCAUGAUCUUGAGCGCAAAGAAUCCUAGUUUCUACCACACAGGGUACCAAGUAAACACCCCAUCUCUGAUAUCAGAUUGUGCUAGAACACUCCCACAACUCUUGAGAAAUUACUUUCUGAAAUAUAAUGUACAUUUUCAUUUUUCCUUUCCACCCAGUACUGUCCUAAGUUUGCUUUUCUCUUGUAGAACCACCAAAUGAGUGUUUACCCUUCAUCACUGAUUCUUCCAUUUAUAAAUCUUGAUGCAAUUCAGUACAUUGCAUUAAUACAUUAACAUGACACAUUCAGCUAACUAAAACACCCUAAAGAAUCAAGCAGUGAUAAGGGAUUGGGUUUCAUCCAAUAAGUACUUUCAUAUGAAAUUUAUGGUGUAAAUAGUUUAUCGUGAGUACUGUAUAUUGCACUGACUUUUUUUUUUUUUUUGGAGCAUUUUUGAAAAUUCAUACUUCAAAAGAAACAGAUUAGGCAUUCACUUUCAUAUCAGAUUUUAGAUUUUGGUAAACUUUAAUUACGAGCGAAGCGAAGUAAUCACUGGAAAUGGGCUCAUUUCAGGCGGCCCAACCUUGCCCGGCCCCAACGCUAUUCAAAUGCUAUUAUAUCUCCAAAAGUAUUGAAGAAAAAAAUUCUUUCAACAGAUAAAACUUAAUUUCUUUAAAUUUCAUCCCAUAUAAGAUUUAUUUUUAAAAUAUCAUAAAUUCACACUUAAAUGAUGCUUCAGUUAUUGCAUUAUAAUUUUCUCAAAAUUGAUGAUUUCACUACCAAAGUCAGUAGUUUUCUUGAAUACUAUGCUCAGUUAAACUAUGUCUUCUCACCUCUGCUACAGAGAAUCAUUUCACAUUGUAUCGUUUGUCAUAUUAUUAGCAGUUUGAUGUUGGAAGACAAUAUGACAUGCAAUUAACAAUAAUGUUUAUGUGACUGAGAGUUCUGAGAUACUUAGAUAAUCUUUUGAGCAUUUAACUUGAAGCUUUGCAAGUCAUAUCCAUCUUGUUGUGAUGCAUUCAAUUAUUAUACUUUUUUUGAGUUGUUUAUAUCAGUCAGUGGGAUUAUUUUUAAUACUAGUCAUGAGGUUAAGAAAAUAUGUACUAUUUUUUUAAGGCAAUGCUCAGUACGAUCCACAUAAACUUCCCAAUGCUGUGAUGAUUCAACCAUAAGACUUACUUAGUAUCACAUAUUUACCAUAUGAUUCACAUCAACUUCAGAACUGCCUGUGAUUCACAUCUCUUCUACUUGCUGUCAGGUUUAGAACUUGUAACCAUCUGUUUCAUAGUUCACAAAUUAAGGACAAAUAUCACGUCUAUGAUUCACAUAUCUCAUCUUACUAAAUUAUUACUCAUAACUUUACCUUGCCUCUGAUUCACACAUACUUUAAUGAUACACAGAUACCUAGGUUUAACUAGGUUGAUGUCUCGUUCUUUAACACUGUUUCAUGAGCUUCCUUGUAUAUCAUAACUGUUCUACACAGACAAUGGUAGUUGGCAAAGUAAGCUGGACCAAAGUUGUUUUGGAGAGAUAAUUAUGUAGCAAAUGUUGUUUAGAGCAACACUGAGUGAUGAUCAUAUUGAGACUUAAUUUUCACCUUGGAAUUUUACAAGAAAACAUACAAGUUGUCUUACACAGUUUAAAGCAAUGAGUCACAGAAGGGGGCAUGGCAUUUAAAAAAAAAUUAAACUGAAACCCUUCAUGACAGCUUUUUUUUCAUGAAAAUGUGGCUAAUGCAAAUUAGAAUAUAAUGGAUAUAUCUGUAGACAGACAGAACAAAGCCCCACAAAGUUCCACUACAUGGUGUGUUGAGAUGAGGAAUUUCUAAAGAAGUUUAAGUAUAUCCAUUAGAUUGCAGAAUUUGUAACAACUGUAUGGAAAAAGGAGAGCAUUCCUUUGUUCGUAAUCCAGCAAAGGCUGAUAUAGAUAGAGGCCUGACCUUUUUCAUAGAUAUUCAGUAUUUUUUAAACAAAAAAUUUAUUUUCUCAAAUAAUCAGUCAAUAGCUUUCCAGAUUAAUGUUUUUCAUCCUUACAUCAUCUGUAAAAUGAGAGAAUAACCUCUUUCAUAAUCAGUGGUUUUUAAAAUAAAUUUUUACUUGCUAAAAUUUUUAUUUUGUUGUUUUGGUCAUAAGCUACUUUUAACUCAAACUGCCCUCGCUUAAACGACUAGCCAUAAUACAGCCAAUAAUAAAUUCUGUUGUAGCAAAUAAAUUUGAAUUUUGCAUGAGUCAAGCAUUACACAAAAAAGCCAAUUUAGCCAAAAAGGUCAGACUUGCUACUUUCAUGAAUUUGCUACAACAGCAAAAUGGAAAUUAUUGACUUAUUUCCCUAUAUACUGUACAGUACAAUACAGUGCAGUAUUACAUUAAUACAGUGCAAUACACAAGUUAGAGUAAUUUCAAAUUAGCUGCUGGAUGGAUUUUAUUCUGUAUGUUUGUAGGUAAAAUGAGGUACUCAUUGUCAAAACAAAGCAAAGUAACAAUUUUUUAAAUAGGAAAAGCAUUCAGUUUUGCAGCUUUGAACAUCAGUAAUUUUAUUUUAUGUGGUGUAAAGCUAAAUUUUUAAUGAAAGCUUAAUAAAAGGCACUUUGUAUGAAAAAUAAACCAAAUUUUGAUUUUGAGGCAUAGAAGCUUUUAUUUUAUUUUAUAUCAGUUAAAAAUCUAGGGAAAAAAGUGCUGCAAAAUAUUGCAAAUUUUGAAUCAUAUUAACUUUCAUAUUAGCUGUAUGUUUUAAGAAAUUUGUUUCCCAAAUGAGAGCUUAUCAAAAUAUGUUCAUCAUAUAAUGAACAAAAAGAUUUUUGUUAAAGAAAGAUGAAAUCAGUGAAAUUUAAAAGCUACUUUAGAUAAAAUCUAGUUUUGCCAACUUUAAAUAGCAGUCAUUUUGUUACUUUUGAUAUUAGAAAGCCCCUUAAACUAUGAAAAUAUAUUUAAAGGUAUGUACCUCUCAUGAACUACUAAAUUGACUUGGGUGAGAUCAAACCUUUUUGAAGGUUAAAAUAUUUAGGACACCAUGUCAGAGAUUUUGCACACUGAAAAGUAAUAACUUGUGUUAACAUGGCAAAUUUUCAAUGGUAAUCAUUUCUGUUAAUAUUUGUUAGGAAACUAACUGGUUUCAAAAUUAUAGCUUGUUAAAGGAACUGUAAUAAGGCAAACAAGUACAUUUAUAAAAAUUCUAUGGAGGCUUCAAGGCAUUUCAAAAAGAUGCAUGAAAAAUUAUGCUGACUUAUGCAAUAUUUUUAUUAUUCAUGUUAGGAAGCUAAUUCUUUUUUAUAAAUGAUAGCUUAUUAAAUUAUGCUGAUGAUAACAAUAAAUAGAUUACACAAACUUAAAAACCUCUUGGAAGCGAAAAGUCAUUUAAAAAAUUAUGCAGACUUCAGAUGGCAGUUACUUUGUUAUUUUCGAAAUUAAUAAUACGUAGUACUAAUAAACAUGGGAUAAUCAUUAAAUAAUAACUGUACUGAAGUAAUUCAUGUACUCAGCCAAUGUAGAAGUUUAGCAUUCUUCUUCAUGUAUUACUUUUCUGUUUUCAGCACGCAUUUCCAUCUUUCUCUCAACUUUAAAAGCAAACCUAGGCAGUUUCUAUCUCUGAAAAUUCUCUCUAUCACAUCCACUACUUGGUAGAGAACUAAUUUACAAUGUAUAAAAUAUGUAAAAAUGGUAAAAACUUAAUUUUAGAGGAGAAUCAUAGCACAGUUCUAGGAAGAACAGACAAGAGGCAAAGAGAGAAAAUAAGGGGAUGUGAUUUUAUGAAAUUUAGACUGUCAAGCCAAGCACUGUGGUACUUUUAGCCAUUCAGCACUUAAGACUGUAGAAAGAGGGAGUUGUAGUGGUUGGACAGCAAGAGAAAAAGAUUCAGAAAAUAAAGGAGAUGAAGCACAAGGAUCUAAAGUUUGAAGUGGGAUAAAACUUCAAAGUAACACUGAGAAGUAAUAGUUAUAUAGGUUGAAAAACUAAGAUUGAAGAAAGGGAGCAGGGACGGAAGUAAAGUCAAGUGCACUGACUCUACUACCCCCCUACAGGGCAGAGCAAGGGUAGAAGGCAAGUGUUUUCUAAACAUACUGCCCUAUGAUUGGCUACAUGCACAGGAAAACUUGGUGAGCAAUGGCUUGGCCUUCAAUACCCCCUUGUAUCUUAUCCUCACAUCCAUGCUGUGGGAGGUGGCUUGUGCUUUGAUUUACUUCCUUGGAUUAUAUACAUGAGAUAUUUUUUGCAAGGAUUUUAGGGAUUUUUUUUCUACUUUACUUGCAGUCAGUAUCUAAAGUAAGCAGGUUUGAGUCUGUUAAGAGGAAGAAUUAAAAUAACAUAAACCACCUGGGAUGAUGCUUUGCUUUGUUUUGCAUCUGAGUUCUUCAGAUGAUCUACAAUAUUUUAAUGGUUGUGUAUAUAAGAAAAUUUCUAAAGUAAUUCCCCACCUAAUGGGAAAAGUAUGUAGGUUUUCUGCAACUAAUGGAAAACAAAGCCAUACAUAGAUACUAAUAUAAAAUGGCAUUCAUAGCUUAAGCAGGCUUUGCACUGUACUUAGGAGUUGAUAAGAUUCAAGUGUUCAAAAUGCCCUGUUACUAGAGAUAUAUAUGGCAAAGAAUAUUGCAGUCAAGGUAGUUCUUUGUUUUGCUUUUUUUCAGUUCUCAAGUUAUUUUUAAACUUUGAAGACUGAGAGAAAAAAGCUCCAGAUGUGUUGUUUUUGACUGGUAUUAGGAAGCCUUACUUGUGAUUUAUAUACUAUACAAUAAAAUUUACAAAUUAAAAAUAACACAAAUAUCCAUACAAGAUAAAGAAAUAGAAAGCAUUUCCUUAGACAAUUUGAUCAAUUUAAUAGGCUACCAAGCUGGUAGUGUUUAAAUACAGUAUGUGAGUACCAAGCAAAAUGGGAAGUUUAGACAAAUAUUUCCAUGUAUAUUUUACAUUUCAUUAAUCAGUAUAAUCAGUUAAUAUGAAUGGCAGAUUAGAUAAAACAAUAUGGUUCCAUAUCUUGAAAAACAACCCACAGAUUUUGUUACACUGUGCAUUGAAAUCUGUCAACACAAUUGUGGAUCCCUUAAACUGAGAACAGUUUUAGUAUUUGAAGUUAAGAGUUACCUAGUUGGCAAGGCUGAAUAAGCAUAUAUAAUCUUAUUCUUUUUAAAUGUCAAACAGUGUCUGUGAUUCCUUUUUUAAGAUUAACUGUCCUGUCUGUGAUUCAAAUAUACAAUUGAGAUUCAGUAUCUUCUCUGAUUCACAAUAUGCAUCCAAGAUUCACAGUUUUUCUUGCAAGUCACAGAAUUAUCUAGACUUCCCGCUCUUCAUGCACUUCACAGUAUACAUCUUAGCAUACUCAUUUUAUGAUACUAAAAUAAUUAUGUAAUAUUGCACUUUUGCAUUAUUUACCCUAAUUUCUUUCUAAACAACUCAACCUUUACAUUUGUUUAGUCCUAACAGUCAUUUCCAUCAUUAUAGUAUUCUUAUACUAUCUUACCACCAUUGACACCAUGAGGAAUACUAUGAACAUCUAAUUUUUGUCUUCCUUUUAGCAGUUCUUAUAGAGUUUGUUCCCCAAUAUGAAAUAAAACAGAUUAUAAUGCUUUUGAGUGUCUAUAUUCUGUCUUUGAUAAUUCUAGUCUCAUGAUUUUAUGAUCACCAUCAUUCAGAGAUGUGAUUUUUAUAUCAGAACAGUAUUAGAUCUAGGUAGAUAUCUCCUGAAGAUCACCUAACAUGACUUGGGUGAGAGGAUGUAGUGGUAAUGAUUUUAUGAAUCUCAUAUAUACAUGUAUCAAUAUACUACAUAGGUUUAUGAAUAUAUUAUACACUGUAAUAUACGUAUUGGUAUAUGAUGUAUGAAUAUAAACUCUCAAGAUAUUUAUAUAGAACUUCAUCUUUGCUAAAUAUUCCAAACCUGAUAGAUUCCAUUGAACAAAGUCUAAAAGUGUAUGAAAGAGAUAGAACAGAAUUUUAUUAUAUAGAUUUGAUAAUAUCAAAGUAUUGCAUAUUUCCAGUCUACAUAUAAAUAGAAUCUAACAUUAAACAUAUUUUUCUAUUGUUCAUAUUAAUUAUUAUCUAACCUAGAGUUAAUGAUAUUUAAUUUUUUAUUAACAAUGAAAAUUUUCCAUUAGAUUGGAGUGGAUAAGAAGGUUGUGGAACAGCACCAUUCCAACUGGAUUUGGGUUCAGUACUUGCACCCUUUUCCUUGUUGCUGGCGGAUAGUGCAGGAAAUGCAUGAUUUCACAAAAUUUUCAUUUUGAAUAUUGUCAACAUAAGUACAUUAUCUUAGAAUAUUCUAUCUUUUAUUGUGGAAAACCAACAUUUUAUAGAGCAUCAAUCAGUGGUUUGGUUGAACAGUAUUUUUUUGCAUACAGUAAUACAAAGUUUAUAAGAAAAUUAUGUUGACACAUUUCAUUAUUCAUAUAUUACACAGCAUACGUUGAUGCUGGAGUAGGAGGUUUUUGAUUGGUGAAAGGAAUGACAAGCUAUAUGGAAUUGCAACUUCCCAGCUGUGUUAUAGAAAAAUUCAUAAAUACUUGAAAUUUACAUCCUCAUUAAAUUUUUUAAGUUAUGCAAAAUUUCAAGAAUGUGCUGGAGUAGAGCAAAGACUUCUGCAAUGUAAAGAGAUUAUUGAAAAAGCCAUACCACAAAUCUGCUAACACCUUAGAUUUUUAUGGCAUAUCAAAAAAGUCCAGGCUAGCAUAUAUAAAUAACAAACUUGAAUUAGAAAUGUUGUGGUGCACCGUCCUUUAUACCAGUAUGUUACAAUAAUGAUUUAUGUACAACAGUUGUGUACUGAAAAAAAUAUCAUUCAACAUCAAAAGAAGAUGCAGUACAGUAUUUAUAACGUGUGGUGCAAUAAAAAUAAAAAUAUAGCCAGUGCUACCUUAGAAAAGAAUAUAAUCCAUCAGUUUUUAACAUUAUUGUGGUUCCAUAGCACUUCAUUAUCCAUAAUAACAUCAUCAUUCACAGUUCAUUAACUUCUUGCCAUUAAGUCUAUUUAUUUCUAGCUUUCAUGGAUGUGGUCACUUUUACAGGACAUGUAACAAUCACACAAACUAAUUCAGUAAUUAAUGCAUGGGUCUAUGGGCUUAUUAAAUCAUGGAGUGUUGUACACAUUUAUAGCAAAAGUAAAGUUUGCUCAUUUAAUCUUUCUAGUGCAUGUCAUUAUGACUCUCAUCACAAUUACACUUAUACAAUGCAGUUUUUACUAUACUUAUAGCAUUUUAUUAUCAUUUAAUGAUUUGUUUUCUCUUACUACUUUCGUUGCUAAAAUACCUUACUUAAUUUAUUUUGUUCAUAUUUCUUGGAAACAUUAAACUAUUAAUGCAGA